AUGAAAAACAUACCAACCAUAGUCAGAAAUCUCGGAACUAUUAACGUCAGGAAUCCCGUGGGGUUUUCCUCAGUUCCAGAUCAAGUGAGGGAAAGCUCCAUGAUAAAAGGCUUUGAACUCAAUGUGCUGGCUGUCGGAAGGAGAGGGCUUGGCACGUCUACGCUGAUUAACUCAAUAUUUGCAGCGCCAUUGGUUGACAAGAAGAGACAAAACACCAUUACAGUAACAAGGAACGAAAUAGUUGAAAAUGAUAUUUCUCUGGAGAUAUCUAUUGUAACCUAUCAUGAAUCUGAUGUGAGCCCUGUGAUUGAAUAUAUAAAUGCCAUGAAUAGGGAGUAUUUUGACAAUGAGCAGGGACUUUACAAGGCAUUCAAAGACAACAGAAUACAUGUGUGCCUUUAUCUCCUUCCCUCAGAUACACUAACCGACCAGGAAAUAAAAAACAUGUACGAGCUCUCCCAGAGCUGUAAUCUUGUGCCAAUCAUACCAAAAGCAGACAUGUAUACACCCGAUGAAUUAAGUCAUGUGAAGGAAACUGUGAGGCAGAUCCUUUCAGAAAACAACAUAUCCUUCUUUGUGCCAUACUUCAACGAGAGUGAUGGAGAUCUUACUGAGGAGGUUACAGACAUAGUUGAAAACAUACCUUUUGCAGUAAUAGCUAGUGAAACCAUGUAUGAGCAUGGAGGAGAUAUUGUAAGGGGAAGAAAGUAUCCAUGGGGGUUCAUAAAUGUAGACGUCGAGGAAAGCAAUGACUUCAAGAGGCUUCAGCGGCUUCUUAUAUAUACGAACCUGGACGAACUGGUGACGAGGACAGACCAUCUAUUCUACAACAACUAUAGGAAAAAAAUAUUUGAUAUUGAAAACGAUUGUGGAGCAAUGAAAGAAGCCAGGUAUCUCAAGCUCAGGGCAGAAACCAUAAAAAUCCUUAAUGACAAAUAUGAGAGCAGAAUAAGGGCCUUGGAAGAAGAAGAGGUGGAAAUGGAAAAAUUUUAUACCGAAAAGUUAAGCGGACUGGAUGAUAAGAUAAAUGAGAUAAGCAGCCAAAUGGAAAAGUCUCUCAAAACAGAAUAG